CAAUUUCUACACCCGGACCUUUUUACGGACGCACUGGUGAACUCCGUAGCCGAUUUCUUCACGCCAUUGUAAUAUUAGUUUAUUUUCAGACUUUGGAAACACUUUGUUAGGGUUCCUAGCUCAGUUAUCUGGUUGGUGUUGAAACUACUGGCAAUCAGGUGGUGUGAUAAGAGAACGAGAGUGACCUAAUAACAGCGGACAUCAUGUCAGCAGACUCCUGGGCCCAGGCUGUGGACGAGCAAGAAGCCGCCGCGGAAUCGAUUGGUAGCCUACAAAUCAAAGACAAGCCCGAGGAAAAUGGUACUGCCAACACUGCAUUGGCGACGACUACGACGACAACAACAACGACGACAAACACAGCAGCAGCCAGCGCUACAACGCCAGCAAAGACCGGAGGAGAGGGAGACAAAACAGGGGAGGAGGACGAUAAAGAUGACAAGGCGGCACAGUCGUUAUUGAAUAAGUUGAUACGCAGUAAUCUAGUGAACACAACCAAUCAAGUAGAAGUCCUACAGAGGGAUCCCAACUCUCCGCUUUACUCUGUCAAAUCCUUCGAGGAGCUACGGCUUAAACCUCAGCUGCUCCAGGGAGUGUACGCCAUGGGCUUCAACCGACCCUCCAAAAUCCAAGAGAACGCAUUACCCAUGAUGCUCGCUGAACCCCCACAGAACCUGAUAGCCCAGUCUCAGUCRGGGACGGGGAAGACUGCUGCCUUUGUCCUGGCCAUGCUCAGUCAUGUGGAUCCCAACAACAAAUUCCCACAGGCUCUCUGUGUGUCUCCUACCUAUGAGCUGGCCCUGCAGACGGGGAAGGUCAUUGAGCAGAUGGGGAAGCACUACUCAGAGGUCAAACUAGUCUACGCCAUCAGAGGAAACAAACUGCCGAGAGGUACUCAGCUCCAGGAGCAGGUCGUGAUAGGGACGCCAGGCACCAUGCUGGACUGGUGUCUGAAGUUCAAGUUCAUCGACCCCAAGAAGAUCAAAGUGUUUGUCCUGGACGAAGCUGACGUCAUGAUCGCAACACAGGGUCAUCAGGACCAGAGUAUACGCAUUCAGAGGAUGCUACCCAAACAGUGCCAGAUGCUGCUAUUCUCGGCCACAUUUGAGGAGACGGUGUGGAACUUUGCCCAGCGCAUCGUCCCAGACCCCAACAUCAUCAAGCUGAAACGGGAGGAGGAGACGCUGGACACCAUCAAGCAGUACUACGUCCUCUGUAACAGCAAAGAGGAGAAGUUCAUGGCCCUCUGCAACAUCUACGGAGCCAUCACCAUCGCUCAGGCUAUGAUCUUCUGUCAUACCAGGAAAACGGCGGGGUGGUUGGCAGGGGAGCUGUCCCGGGAGGGACACCAGGUGGCGCUGCUCAGUGGUGAGAUGCAGGUGGAGCAGAGAGCUGCUGUCAUCGACCGCUUCCGAGACGGAAAAGAGAAGGUCCUGGUCACCACCAACGUCUGUGCCAGAGGUAUUGACGUGGAGCAGGUUUCCGUGGUGAUAAACUUUGACCUGCCGGUGGACAGAGACGGUAACCCGGACAACGAGACGUACCUGCAUCGGAUUGGCCGCACGGGUCGUUUUGGGAAGCGGGGAUUGGCCAUCAACAUGGUGGACAGCAGGUUCAGCAUGAACGUCCUAAACAAGAUCCAGGAUCACUUCAAUAAGAAGAUCGAGAAGCUGGACACAGAUGAUCUGGAUGAGAUAGAGAAAAUCGCCGGCUGAAAAGAGUUCAGAACCACAUGACUGCUCUAGUCCCCCUCCCUCUUCCUGCUUCUCCCAGACCCCCCCYACCCCUCCCCUUGGACUGUUAUCAUAGUGUCUUUAAUUUUUUUAAAUUUAGCGUUGGAGAGAAGAGCAAAGCCACAAACACAGCUAUAAUGUUUACAUGUGGUUAAAUGUCUAAUCUCAGAUAUGUUUUUAUGAGUCUCUGAAACGUUCCCGUUUCACUCUUUGUACUUCUUAAUGAAUAAAGUUUAUAAUAUUAGCUAACAUUUUUCAUUUGUAUAUGUGCAUUGUUAUGCUGUCAUGGUGGUAGGCUUAUGAAAAACAUUUUUAUUUAUUUUUUGCAAAUCACAUGUUAUUACUGCCAGUAUCUUCCCUGUUUACGCAGUUAUUUUGGUGGAAUGGAAACAAGCCCUCUCAUUUUAUAUAAAGAUAUUUUUGUUUAACCCAGUCCCUGAAUGAAAUCUCAAGGASAGAAUAGAGCAUAAUUAGGAAAAUAAGCUGAAUACUUUUAAGAUUUUAGAUAUCAUGAAUGUUUUGCAAUGAAUACAAUAUUUCUAAUAAGUAGUACAAAGAGUGAAAUAGAUGUAUUGUUUUGAGCAGUCUUUGUUUUUAAAAAUCAUAGUUACUUUGAGAUGGUGAUGGUUAAGGGGUCAGGGGUCAUGCAAACUUGUAUCAACCUUUCUGCGUGCCACUACAGUAGUGCAGUGUUCAAAUCACAUAACAUCCGAUUUGUUCGUUUUCAGGAUUUUCCCUCCAAAAUAGCAAAAGGGGAUAUGGAGAGAACGUARCUUUUACUACAUGUUUUGACCAAUAAAGUACAGGUAAAUUAAACGAUAUAAAAAUGUGUAAUUUAGACAUCCAACCAUUCAUCUCAACCUCAAUGUUUUUUUUWAUCAAUUAGAAAACAACACAGACCUCGAAACCAUUGUUUCUUAAAUUAUCUCACAGUGGAGUUUUUGUCAUUGUUAGGUAUGUUAUCGUUCAUAUCUGAUUGACCAUGUACCUGGAGACUCACCUGUCAAGAUGGUAGCUAUUGGUCAGAUUUGUAUUAACACACUCACUGAUGUCCCCGUCUCAGAAUCCAGAGGAAGCGGUUUGACKUUCUGGUCACACCAUUGUGUUUUAAUUGCAAACUCCACCCACAAAAUGUAUCUUUUUGUAGUUGUUUCAUUAGUCCAUUGAUAAUGUAGUCACAAAAUAUGUCAGCAAUGAGGUUUUCAAGAUGUACAUAAAUAAUACAGCCAGUAUGAACCAUUUUGCAUCAUACCGGCUGUAUUUAUGUGUUUGGAUAUUUAUACAUCUUAACUUGAUUGCUGACAUGCAAAAUGUUUUGGGACUACAUCAAUAAUGAAACAAAUACCAAAAUGGAGACAUUUAGUAAAAUGUCAUUAACUCAAUACGAUUGUGAGGGGCUGCAAAAAAUACGGGAAAACUACCUUGAGAUUGAAUUACCCAACAAUGCCUUGCUCGAGUGCAUUUUCUGUACAAUAUUGAUAUUUAUUUUCAACAAUAUUAUUGGCUCAACAUUCUGAGUUAUGACUUGAAAUGUCAUAUUUGACAUAUGACCACCUCACCCUGAGUGUAGAAUGUGUGAUUUGAAGCUAAAUGCUUAUGUGACUAAAGAUGCCUAUAAGUCUCACUGUGGGACAGUUUAACAGGCACAGAUUCAGCCUAAACCUGUACUUAAAAGCAUUUUCAAUUGAGAUUCUCCAUUGAGUUUGUUUUAUAGUCCAGCAUUAGGCUUGAUUUGUGUCUUGAGAAACCAUCCGUGUGUGUUUUAUUAAGUACUGAGAUGCAUGGACAGACGGAUACAAAUAAAAACUUGUAUAUACAGUACUUGCUACAUUAGGCCAAAGAAAUUUGAAUAAAGUGUGGCUGAAUGAUUCA